UUACACCAUCCCUCCAAACAACACUGACAAGAGUGAUAUAAAAGGGUCAGUUCCUUUUUAACAAAGUUCACAUCUGACUGAUAAAUGUGUGUGCAGGUCAAUAAAGACAUUUGAGAAGCUGGGACUGAACAUACUAAAAAACUGCAAAAUCAAGAUGAUUGCUGUGUUAGUGUUGCUUAUGGUAGGGCUGGUUUCUACCAAUACUGUCUGUCCAGACGGGACUGAAUGUCAAGACAAAAAUACUUGCUGCCUAACUAAAACGGGAUAUGCAUGCUGCCAAUAUCCAUCUGCUAUGUGUUGUCCAGACAUGGCCCACUGCUGUCCACAAGGCUACCAAUGUGACCAAGAGUCCCUGUUGUGUGUAAACAAGGCGCUUCCGUGGUAUAAAAUCCCUCAUUCCCGUCAGAUAUCCACAGAGGGGGGAGAGAAAAAAUCUCUUGUAACUCCAGUGAACUCUGACAAUCCUUCUGUCGCAGUGGUUCACUGUGACAACGUCUAUACCUGCCCUGAUGGUACUACGUGCUGCAGAACUCCUUAUGGACAGUGGUCAUGCUGCCCAUACGCUGUGGGUCAGUGCUGCUUUGAUGGGAUCCACUGCUGUCCCUUUGGUUAUCACUGUGACAGCACAUCCACCCACUGUUUAAGAGGAGCACUGAGAUUUCCUGCUUCCCAACAGAUUGCUGCCAUGCAGAGCAACACCAUUCAGGAUUCAUGCUGUUAGAGCGAGACAGGCUGCUGUCCCAUCGGCUUCCAGUGUGAUGAAGAGAGCAAAACCUGCAUGAGUGACAAUGGUCUUUGAGCAGAAGGUUAUUCAGAGGAAAAAGAAAUAAAAAGUCCUCAAAUGUAUUUGAUCAACAAGGGAACAUUUUCUUCAGGUCCAUGAUUAGAUUUUUGUAAAGCCACAAUCAACAUGAGCAGUUACACAGCACAUUAAUAAUUUUUGAUUUUGAAGAACUAAGAAAUGUUACAAAUAUAAACAGAUCAAUCUCCAACCCUAUUAAAAAAAAUCAUUUAAAUCCAAAAAA